GUAUUAAGAUUAAAUAAAGAAUAAAAUAUAUUUACGUGCUGAGAAUGAAGGUCGACACAUUUAGUCGACAAGAGAUCGAAACGAUUGCCCAUCGGGCUUUCGACGGUCAGUCAGUGCAAGUGAUAAACUACCACGUCGAGAUAUACAGCGAGGACAAGGUCGGAUUUUUGGGUAUACAUCAAAAUCUCGAAAUCACGGUCAAGCGUCACGGCAGCAACCAAUCUGAAAUUCUUCGACUUUUCGUCAAGAGUUUGCCAACGUUGACGGAAGAACAAUUACAAUUUAUACGCGAACGCGAUUUGUUUAAUCAAGAAGCGUCUUAUUUCAACGACGUUCUCCCGGUUUUGAAGAAAGCUUGCCCUUCCACGGACGACUGGUCCCCCAAGUGUUUUUUCGCCAGUGACAAGUUAGUCGUGCUCGAGGACAUGCGACUCCGCAAUUACGCCAUGUCCGAUACGAAAAUGCUGAGCAAGGAGCAAUUGAAGGCGGCUUUCAGAGCGCAAGCUCGUCUCCACGCGGCUUCGCUCGUCGCCGAGAAGCAAUUAGCUAAGCCGCUUAACCAAGCCUAUCCGAAAAGCUGCGUGGAACCGAUUUUCAAUGACAUCAUGAUCGCAGAAAAACGACUGCAGCUGUUCACCGAUCUCGCUGAAAGAGUAGCCGAGAGGUUGGGUCGCGACAGUCGACGCAUCAGCGCGGGAUUCCGCAAAGGUUUCGAUCAAAUGUACGACCAGAACCAGCUGUCGACGAGGUUGCCGAAAGUUCUCGAGCACGGCGACGCCUGGUCCAACAACUAUCUGUUUCAUGCCUGUGAUCCGACUAAAUGCAUCCUCGUGGAUUUCCAACUGACUCGCUACGGACCGCCGACCUACGAUUUACUACUGCUUGCUUACCUCAGCACCAAUCGCCAAUUUCGCGAGAGUGUGAUAGGCGAAGCGAUCGAAGCUUAUCACGCGCAGUUUUGCAAGGUGCUAGAACAAAACGACCCUGAAAUCGAGAAACCAAGUUUGGAUGACGUACUGGAAGAAUACGAACAACUUAGGACAACGGCCUUAUUGUGCGCUAUUAUAUACUACCCAGUCAUCUGGGUGAGCCAGUCGACUAUUGAUAAGUACGAUGAAGAGGAACGAUACAAAAGGCUGGUGUUCCGCCAAGAUAAUUCAUUUGUGAUGCAAAUCUACGAGGAGGAUAAACUGUUCGCGGCGAGGAUCAACGAUGUAGUUGAAGAGGCUGUUGAGUAUUUCGAGCAGCGAGGUGUGCCGAUCCAGUCGAAAAAUGGUUUGCACUAGA